AUGGUGUCAGCAGUGACUCCCUUCUGGCUCCAGUGGCCACCAAGUGUGCACCAUGAGGGUGGUUCUGGUAUUACAUGGGUCUGGUUUGUGGAACAUGGCGAUUGUUACCUGAGCUCCUCCAAGGAGCUGCCCCUGCUCUGCCUUUCAGGAGGGGUGGGGCUGGCUCUUGUGUCCUUGUUUGAGGUCUGGGUCCCCAAGACAACAGUGGCUCCUUGUGUACCCUGCCUGCACAGGCCAACAGCUAUUACCCUGGAGGACACCCCUUUGCCGGACAGAGGCCCCAGCCUUCUGCCUGACACAGCUGCCUCCUUCCGGCCACUGCCCACCUACUUUGACCUGGUCUCCAAGGACAGCCACAGGCACGGGGCCCAAGGCCAAGCCUGUAGGUGGAGGCUGCUGGUAGUCAUGUCAGUUUGGGUCCCUGUUAUAAGAAUCGGGGGCCUGUACCCCGAGAGCCAGCUCCCAAGGCACCUUCUUGCAGAGCUGGCUGGCAGUACCUUGUCCAGGGUGUCGCCCCCCUCCCAGCCGAGCACUGUUACCUUGGAGGACCUGGAGCUUCUCCUGGCAGAAGCCCUGACCAGUCCUGAGCCCUUGAGUCCAGAGGAGACUCCAGAGAGGUACGAGUGUAGCCGCUGGGCACCCAGCUCCUCUGUUCCCAAGCAGGACGCUUCCAAGUGCAAAGAGCAGCUGGAGCAGUGUGUGGCCGACCUGAAGACGGAUGUGGCAUGCCUGCGAGGACACAAAGAACGCUGCGAGCAUAUCACACUGGGUCUGCUUCGGGAGCUGCUGCAGGUGCGCACCCGUGUGCAGCUGCAGACCUCCAAGAUGCAGCAGCUGCAACAGGAAGUGCAGCAGGUGGCCCGGGCCCCUGAGAAGGAAGCAGUGGAGUUCCCUGGGUCCCAGGAGAGCCAGGUUCAGGUCCUGGAUAAAAGGCUGGUGGAGGUCCGGGAAGCCUUGACGCAGAUCCGGAGGACCCAGGCUCUGCAGAACUCAGAGAGGAAGGGCUCAGAGCAUGAGAUGAACCUCAGACUGACCCAGCUAACUGGCUUGCUGAGGCAAGAGGAGCAGGGCCGAGCAGCGGCCUGUGGGGCUCUGAAGAAGAGUCAGGAGGACACCAGCCAGAAGGUGGACCGUGAGGUGGCCAAGCUUCAGGUCCUGGUGACCAAGCUUGGUGAGGAGAUGAGCCUCCGCUUCCUGAAGAGGGAGGCCAAGCUGUGUGGCUUUCUGCAGAAGAGUUUCCUGGCCCUGGAGCAGAGAAUGAAGGCUUUGGAGAGCAUGAGGCUGAAGGCGGAGAGCAGCCUGCGAGAGGAGCUGGAGGUCCGCUGGCAGAAGCUUCUGAAGCUGACUGAGCAGCACAUGAAGACAGUACGGGCCCAGCGUGAGGAGGAAGAAGGCCACUUGCUGGGUCAGUGCCAAGGCCUGGAUGCAGCCGUGGUCCAGCUCACAACGUUUGUGCGGCAGAACCAGCUAUCCCUAAACCGUAUCCUGCUGGCAGAGCAGAAGGCCCGGGAGGCCAUGGUGAGUUUGGAGGAGAGCCAGGCUGGGGAACUGGCCUCCUACGUGCAGGAGAACCUGGAGGCCACGCAGCUGGCUGGCAAGCUGGCCCAGCAGGAGAUGCAGAGUGCACUGGAGCUGCUCCAAGAGAAGAGCCAGGCCCUGGAGGGCCUGGUAGCCGACGUGGCCCGGCAACUGAAGGACCUGAGUGACCACUGCCUGGCCUUGAGCUGGAGGCUGGACCUGCAGGAGCAGACAUGGGGCAUGAGACUAUCCCAGGCAAAGGCUGACUGGGAAUGUGCAGAGAGGAAGUCUCAGGAGGACCUGGCCAGGGGGCUGAAGGAGGUCGCAGCACAACUGCGGGCAGUACAGGAGCAGGUGGACAGAUUUCCCCAGCAGAUAGAAGACAUCUCGGAGGAGUGUGCCUCCCGCAAGAGUGAUGCCGAUCUGAAGAUCUCCGCUGAGGGCAAGGCCAGAGAGGUCGCAGUGGGCACCGUGCGGCAGGAGCUGGCGGCGCUGCAGUCGUCCGUGCAGCUGCUCAAGGAGGACCACCCUGGGCGGAGGAUUGCGGAGAUCCAGGGCAACCUGGCCACGUUUCAGAAGCAAAUGAUAAAACUGGAAGAUAGCAUCCAAGCCAACAAGACCAUCCAGAACCUAAAGUUUAAUACAGAGACCAAACUGCGCACAGAGGAGAUUGCAAGCCUGCGUGAGAGUGUGCUGCGCCUGUGGAGCGAGGAGGGGCCCUGGCCGCUGACCCUGGGCAGCAAGCGGAUGCUGAUGUCCCUGGUGAGGCAGCGGUUCUUCAUCAAAGACGUGGCCCCCGACGAGCUGGUCCCCAUGAACCGCUGGGGCGUGUACCAGGCUCUGAGGUGGCUGCAGUGGAAGGCUGUCUUUAUGAACCUGCUGGCCUGCCAAAAGCCUGUGUCCCAGCUGCCUUCUCUGUCCCCAUCCCAGAAAUAAACACACAGCACUCGUCCCUGUCAGAGCCAGUCCCCUGAUGCCUCUGGGACAGCUCCCAGCAGCUGUGGGACUGACCAGGAAUGCAGGGACCAAGGGCUGGUUCCCGGACCAUCUCCCCAGGACCUUCCUGCCCUGCCCACUCCCCAAGGGUCCAGGGCUCUGGCAGGUGUGCACAGAAGCCCCCCGGCCUGCGCCUGGCAGGACAUAGGGAAGCUCUGGACUCAGGCCACCUGGAGCAUCUCCAGCCCAAGGAAGCAGCCUCUCACCACUAAUCUGGAGAAUAAACACUG